CACACCUCCAAAUCACCGCAUCCCUACCUAUCGUUUUCUUCGUUCGUGGCCGGGAGGAGAUAGUCACUGAUUCCCAUCCUUGCAGUGAAGACACAGGAAAUACCCACAAUCGAAGCGGCGUUUAGUCCAAGCUACGAAUCGCGCAACACCGCAGUCGAGCAGCAAACGCCGGAAGCCUGCGAGCAAAAACAGCAUCACCACCUCUACUCCUACGACAUCUUUCACAAAUCGGCGUUGAUGCGCUCCAUCACAAAGCCUCACUCGGUCCCGCUUUCUUUGUGGCCUCACCAUCGCGGCGGUGAUGGCGCCCGGCGGCGGCAGCAAGAGGAAGCGGCCGGAGAGGCAGUCAUCGCGAGAUGAGGGUGCCGGCCGCCCAUCGCCUUACCGACCGCAGGACACGGGUCUCGCGCAGGAGAACCAACAUGGCAAUUCAAGAGGAGGCGACGCGGGUGGACGGCGCCAAAGCAGACAAUCAGCGCAGAGUCCUGCCGUGUCUUCUCCCACGCCCGCACCGCAGCUACCACGUGCUGCCUCGCAGAGUAUCGAUCAAGUUGUGAAUGGUUCAAGAGCUGCUACACCUUCUCAAGCGACUUCAGCGACACCGCAACCUCCGGCAAAUCAGGGCCCAAAGAAACCUCCUGCGCCUUACUGGUACGAGCACGUCACUGCUCCGGUUGUGGAGGCAUGGGCAGAGAGUGGGAAGGACAGUCUAUUACAACUUUCGGCAGAGGCGGAUGAGAUCAGAGCGAGUACACUGGUGCAAGAACUUGUUCGCGCCGGCCUGGAUGAGAAGCUGAGCGCCUUCGAGGCGGGAGUCCUCAUUCGCGAGAUGAUCGCGCAGCAUGCCGCUACGCACACCAUCGAUGUGCAAUCGCUCUUCCUGAACACUCUCUCCCUGCUCGACGAAUCUGAUCACAAGAGCCCGCAUCUAUUGACACUCGUCGCUGCUACGGACAUUGAUCCGGAAGUGGUACGGCUCGACCUCGACAUUCCUUUACUCCAAGCUCUGUCGUUGGUCCGGAGCACUUUUACAGUGAUGCGAACUCGCAAGACGACAAACCUUCUAUACCGACAGGCGAACUUCAAUCUCCUACGAGAGGAAAGCGAAGGUUACGCCAAACUCAUCACGGAAUACUUCAACACCGCCAACGAGGCCACCCGCGAUCAUAGCGUCAGUGCGGAACGAGCAUUUGAACGAAUCACUGCGCUGGUCGGCUCAUUCGAUCUCGAUGUGGGGCGCGUGCUCGACAUUACGCUGGACAUCAGCGCCAACUUGCUCGUGCGAGCGUACGGCUUCUUCAUCAAGUUCUAUAGGUGCAGCUCAUGGUGGCCGGACAGCGCGGUCUUUGACAAUGUCAAAUGGCGGGACCAGGGGUUUAGCUCAUUUCCUUCCUGGGCCCUUCCGAGCUUCAACGACGCAGCUCUCAGCGACGACGAGAGGGCCACCUUCAAGGCAAAAGAGGACAUCGGUCUUGCGGCAAAGAAAGACGCGCGAGAUCUCCUAUUCUGGGAUCGCGUGAAGGAUGUUGGCAUUGACGCAUUCUUUGAGCUCGGCAUGCGCUCCAUCACUAAUCUGGAGGACGUCUUACCCUUCUUGAACACGGAAGUGUCUCCAGAAUAUGACGCUAGGGGCAAGGAGAUCAACGCCGACCGAAGAAAACGCAUCAAUGAGAACCGCAAGUUCAUGGCCGAGACUGGCACGCUUCCGCCUCCAGGCAACUCCGAUGCAGCUCAACUCCUCGGCUUCAAGCUACGGUUCUAUGCAUCAUCCGCCCGAAACGCGCAGGAUACACUUCCGGAAAACUUGGUUUUCCUGGCCGCGCUGCUGAUCAAGAUCGGGUUUAUCUCGCUGCGAGACCUCUACCCCCAUCUGCAUCCAGCGGACGAAGGCAUGGCGGAUGAGAAGAAACGGUUGGAGAAGGAGAAGGCCGAGAAAGAAGCCAGGGAGCGACCCGGAGCUGCAGCUAAUGCUCUUGCCAUGGCUGGAGCUCUAACGGAUGACACGCUCCCGACAGCCGCUGCUCGUGCUCUACGGAGCGAGAAGGAGAAGAGUGGUGGGAAUACACCGCGGCCCGAUAAGAAGGAGGAUGAAGCGAAAGAGGAAUUACCACCACCCGCCAACCAGAAGAUCCAGCUCCUCAAAGCUCUUCUUCUCAUCGGCGCCAUACCUGAGGCCCUCUACAUUCUUGGUCGGUUUCCUUGGCUUGUGGAUGUCGAUCACACGCUCCCACCAUACUUGCAUCGCAUUGCCAAUCGGAUGCUUAGCAAGGUUUCGGAAAUGGCGAAGCCGCUCAAUGCUUUCCAAGAUACACAAGCGGCCAAAGACGAGCUUGCAAGCCUCGUGUCUGCUGCGGAUGGUACAUUGCUCGCUCAGCCGCGACCAGAUAGGAAACUGACUCGAUGGCUGGGACUCGAUACGGUUGAGAGUAGCGAUGGGAUGACAUACAGGCACUAUUACCCGGAUUGGGAUGACAACAUUCCACGCUGCCAGACGGUCGAAGACGUCGUCUUACUCUGCAACACCUUUCUGGGCUAUCUAGGAGUCAAGAUCGGCCAAGACGCCAAGCUGCUCACUACUCUGGUCCGAAUUGCGAAGUACAGUCUUUCAGGGGAUUUUUCGGAACAAAACCAGGCCCUCUGGCUCGAUCUAAUGAGGCGACUGCUCGUUCCAGCGCUGAGUCUAAGCAAGCAUAACGCCGGCUUGACUCAGGAGGUGUAUGAGCUGCUCAAACUCUUCCCGACGACCACGAGGUACAACAUCUAUGCCGAGUGGUAUCGGGGCAAGACCUCUCGCCUUCCCGACAUGCGCGCCGCUUUCGACCACAACAAGGCCGAGGUGAAGGAUGUGCUACGACGAGUGACGAAUGAAUCCGGCAAGAAGCAAGCUCGCGCACUUGCAAAGGUCUCAUUCGCAUCUCCUGGUAAUGUCAUGAUGAUGAUGAUCAGUCAACUGGAGAGCUACAGCAACAUGAUUCCCAGUCUGGUAGAGUGUACUCGCUACUUCUCUCAUCUGGCCUACGAUAUUCUGACUUGGUGCUUGAUCAACUCGCUGAGUGGCCAGGGGCGAGAUCGAAUGCAGGCCGAUGGAAUGCUCACCAGCCCUUGGCUUCAGGCGCUGUCACACUUUGUGGCGUCCUUGUUCUACCGCUAUGCCGCUCUCAACCCCUCGCCAGUCCUGCAGUAUCUGGCCUCGGAGCUUCGAGCAGGAAAUUCGACGGAUCUCGAGGUGUUUGAGCAACUCCUCGGUGAGAUGGCGGGCAUCAGAUCCGACAUGGAGUUCAACGACGCGCAGGUACUCGCAAUGGCAGGUGGCAAGCAUCUACAAGCGCAGACUGUGCAACAGUUGGCCGACAAGAGGCAUGAACGCAAGCCUCAUGCGCAACGGCUCAUCAGGGCGUUGUCGGAACCUGGACUCAUUGGACAGACGCUCAUCUCCAUCGCACAAGAGCGCCAGAUGUAUCCCUAUCACGAAUCGUCCAAAUUCAUGCCUCUGAAAGUACUCGGCAGCAACCUGGACAAGAUCCAGCUGGUCUUUGCUCAGUACCUGGACGUGUUGAAGACGAACCUGAAUCCUGCAGACUUCGAGGCCGCGGUACCCGAUGUCGUUGGACUGAUUGCCGACUUUGGCUUGGAUCCUGGACUCGCUUUCACAAUCUGCCGCGUCUGUAUCGCUCAGCGUAUGCAAGAUUUCGACAGUGCCAAGAAGGCAGAGCCUGUAGCGAAGAAACACCGGGCAAGUCAAGGACAGUUGCAGACGAACGGCGACGUCCCGAUGGAAGACAAUGCAGCGGCCGCGAAUGAAGUGGUUCCCAAUGCUGAACCUAGGAAAGACAUAGCGGAGUCGACAGGUGUGGACGCUAGAUCCCCCUCACAAACGGCUAUUCAUGGGAGCGAAGAGUUGCCUUGGCACCCGGUGCUUCAGCCCAUCAUUCAGCAGCUUGCGUCCGCCGCUCCUCUUCUGGCGGAGAAGGUCAGCAUUCCAUUCUUCGUCAGCUUUUGGACUCUGGCGCUACAAGACAUCUUGGUCCACACUGCAAGCUACGACACAGAAAUCAACAAGCUGCGAGCGCAGGCAAAAGAACUCCACCCAGAUCGCGCUGACCUUAGCGCUUCUGCAAAGAAGGAGCGAGAGAGAAAACGAGACGCUUUGACUGAGACUCAAGAAAGGCUCCGCGGCGAGUUGAAAAGCCGGAUCAUGUCGUAUCAGAGGACUCGGAAUCGGAUCAGCCGCCAAGAGAAAGAUAACUGGUUCUCCCGGUCGAUGGGUCGAGACGAUAGUGAAGCUCGACACAUCGGCUUGUUGCAGGAAUGCUUCCUGCCUAGAGCCAUGCUGUCUUCUCUCGACGCACAUUACUGCUUCCUGAUGCUGAAAAUCCUGCACGACAAUGGAACUCCGGGGUUCUCUCUCCUACGCUUCCUCAAUCACCUGUUCAAGAAACAGCAGCUCGCGACUCUGAUCUUCCAAUGCACAUCAAUGGAAGCCCAACACUUCGGCCGCUUCUUGAACGAGACGUUGAAGCUUCUCCAUCACUGGCAUGCUGAAAAGGCUACGUACGACAGAGAGGCCUUGGGAGAGAAGCAGAAGCUGCCUGGAUUUGCGAAGACACUCGAUGCAAACGGCGAUCCCAACCUGGUGCUGGAGUUCGAAGAGUACCGCAGGCUGCUGUUUAAUUGGCACAACCAUCUCUCUGCGGCGUUGCAGACAUGCUUCAAAUCCGGCGAAUUCAUGUACAUCCGCAACGGUAUCAUCAUCCUCCGCGCCAUCGCUCAGGUCUUCCCCACAGUUAAUUUCAUGGGGAACAACAUGGUUGAAUCUGUCGAAGAGCUUUCGAAGGAGGAGACCAGGCAAGACUUGAAGCUGGCGGCGCGGUCGCUGUUGGGCCCGUUGGAGAAGAGGAAGCCGAAGUGGAUGUUCCCACAAGCUUUCAGACUUAGCGACACCGCGAAAGAGGGCGGUCGCGCCAACACGCAGACGCCAGAGCCUGGUACUGGAACUCCAAGACUGAACGCCGCAGCGCAAGAGUUCAAGCCGGGCUCGAAUCUUGCGAAUGGGACCUCUCCAAAGGAGAGUGGAGCUGAAGAUGGAGAAAUUGAGGACGAGAAACAAAAUGGGAAGGUGCAAGAGCCUGGCAGCCUGAAUACGGCGCCAGCGACAGCUCCAGCAGCAGAGUCGACAAACAAGACCGGCGACAGUACAGCGCAGGAUACCGUUUCUUCCGAGCCUCGCAGGGAGCCUGCCGCAUCGGCUUCCAAGCCUUCGACUCCGGCGCCUAUUCCCUCCAAGCCUCCUCCACCAGAAUACAUUCGUCCUGAGCCAUCCCGGUCUUCGAGCAUGCAGUCCGGCGCAUCUCGCUCGCACGCUUUGCCGUCCAAACCACCCAACAAGCCUCUACCCGCACUGCCCGGUCCAGAACGUAAUGCAAGCCGAUACGGAGGCCGUGACGACUCGUUCGGCAGGCUAAGUCGUCCGAAUGAUGUUCGUCCACUUUCACGAGAUCACUCGCCUGGCCGAAGCAGACCACGAACUCCCGAGCGUGAUGUUUACCACGGCGGCCAUCCAGCCUCGAGCCGCGGGCCAGGACGAGAUAGUCGUGAGCCUUCUCGCAAUGCCCGCGAUGCCUCGUGGGCCGAUCUCAGACGGGAGCAGGCGACGAGCAAUGCUAGCCGGCCUCCCUAUGAUUCUCGUGAUCGUCCAAGCGAAGCUUCUGAUGCCGGGUCAGCUCCACUCGAGCACCCCAGCAGAGCCGCAUUGAUCAAUCCAGGACCGCCUAGUGCAAAUGCGCAGCAACCUUCUCGCCCAUCUACUGGCGGAUCGCAGCCCGCAAGUACUCGCGACGACUCUCGACAUUAUGAAAACCCGGCUCGCUUGGCAUUGAUCAACAACGAUCCCACCCGUGAGAGGGAGUCGAGAAGGGAAGCAGAGCUGAGAGGCGCGAGCCAUCGUCAGAGCGACAGCCAGAAUGAAGUGCCGCGAGAUCCCCAAGCUCGUGGGGAGAUUUCAAGCGAUCAUGCACCCACUGGACCUAGGCGUCCCAAUGGAAGACAGAGUCGCGAUUUCGGUCCUGGUAUCCCUUCGGAGUCCACAAAUGGUCGUCUCAACGGCCCACAGGAUAUCCCGUCGGCCCCUCGCCCACCAAAUGGACCGAGUGGACGCACAAGUCGAUCCAAUCAGGGACCAGUAGCAACGGCAAGGUCACACGACUUAGCACCAGCAUCUCCCUCAGCUUCCCGCCCCAUGGAGCCUCCGGCUGCUGGUCGGGGAUCGCGAGAGGCGGCAGAUCGUCGUCAGCCAGGCCAUCCUUCUGAUCGGCAGCCGCCCUCGAACUCCUUACCGACCACACCUUCGGUCGAAGACGGACCUGCGCCGCAUCCCAGCCGAUUGAGGCAGCUAGAUAUGCAGCCCCCUCCGAUCCAGACAGAUCUCGCUGCGUCCAACGCGCCAACGAUGGCACCAUCUGGACCCCGCGGAGCCAAUCGACCAUUGCCUGGGACCCCAACUGGCCCAUCGCCCUCAACCAGCGGGCCGCCAUCUGGACCAGCAUCAGCUACAGAACGAGCAAAGAGAACGGAACGCCGUCAAGUCAGUAGCAUCAAUGCGACGCUGCAAGGUGCCAAUGUGCCAGGUCAGAACGGCCAGGGUGUCAACUUCAGAGGAGCUGCGCAGAGCAGGCCGUCAAACAGUACCGUGCCUUCGACUGCUGCUGUUUCUUCACCGGUACCUGCGAUCGCAUCGUCGAUGGAUGCACCUCCGAGGAGAAGUGCACCGCCCCCACCAGACCGGCAAGACAGGCCGCCAAGCAGGGCCGACAACCGACCCGAUCUCUUCCAGUCCCGGCGCGGUCCAGCCAACGAAGUUGACGUCGCCGCGAGACCUAGGCGCGGAGAGGACGAGCGACUGCCUCGGACGCGAGGGAGUCGCGAUCCAAGCCGAGAGCGCGGAGAGGACUGGAGGGCGCGGGAUGAUCGCAGCGGUCCGCCUCCCCGCGACUCUCGAUAUCCGGAGAGAGGGCCGCGGGGCGAGGAGCCGCAGUCUCGUCGAGGCCCACCAAGCUCGUUCUCUGAACAGCCGCCGGCUGAUUGGGAGCGACCCGGAGAGCGUCGCGGUCCGCCUCGUCGAGACGGCCCAGAUGAUGGCGGGAGGCGAGGCAGGGACAGUGGCCCUCCACCAGAUUUCCGCGGAAGCAGGAGAGAAGAAGAGAGACGGGACGGUGGACGAGGAGGACCUCCGCGGGACUUCGAAGGCCCGCCACCUCCGCCGCCUGGCUCUAGGAAACGUAGGCACGAGGAUGGACCCCCGCCCUUUGACGAGUCGAAGAGACGGCGCAGUGGAAGGUAGACUGGGUGGGAGAAUGCAUUACAUGGGUGUGCCACUCGAUGCAUCGACUUUGUGUGACGCGACAGCGACGGCGUUGGGAGGUAGACAAUUGUGUACUUGUAUUGUAGUGGUGGAACUAGAGUCUCGUCGCCCUCCGCAGGGCGAUCGAAGCGAGAAUGCACUU